AUGUCUCUUCCCGCUCUGUGUCUGCUGGCGUACUUUGUGUACCUCCUCGCACGUGUCUUUUACCGCCUAUAUUGCCAUACACUAUCCCGCUUUCCUGGCCCCAGGAUCGCGGCAGCCACAAGCUGGUACGAGGGCUACUACGAGAUUGUCCACAAGGGACAGUACUCGAGGCAAAUCUCCAAGCUCCACGAUGUCUAUGGCCCUAUUGUAAGAGUGACGCCUGAUGAACUGCACAUACGAGACCCGUACUUUUACGACCAAGUCUACGCCAAGAACGUCCACCUCGACAAGGAGGGUUGGGACAAGAGGUUUGGGUGUGCAGGCGGCCUGCUGCCGACCGUCAACGCGGAGCAGCACAAGCGACGCCGUGCUGCGUUGGCUCCCAUGUUCUCACGCCGCUCAAUCCUCGACUUCAUACACAUCAUCCACCGCCAUGUCGACACCCUCUCCGUGCGCAUGCAAGAGUUUGAGGCUGAUGCAGAGCCGCUUAACUUAUCCCAUGCCUUCCCCGCCCUGACAGGCGACAUCAUCAUGGACUACUUCUUCGGCUUCAACUACAACCAGCUCAAGCAUCCUGAGUUCGAGUCAUUCCAUGAUGCAUUUAUUCGGGUUGGCGGUGUGGGUCACAUCGCCACGCAGUUUCCCAUGAUACUUCCCAUUCUCGAUUGUAUCCCUGACCGUAUCAGCGGCUGGCUGCAGCCAGCAGUGAAGCCAGUGCUCAAGUUCAAGCAGGAUAACCGGAAUCACAUUGCGCGCACCCUUAAGGGCGAAGACAUCAAAUCCAACGAUGCGAAGAAGACCAUCUUCCAAGAAAUUGUCGGCUCUAAGCUACCUGACUCUGACAAAACACAGAAGCGUCUCGAGGAUGAAGCGCAAAUCAUCAUCGGGGGCGGCGUAGAGACAACCGCCUUCUCCCUCUCCACAGCCGCGUUCCACAUCAUCAGCACCCCACGCAUCUACGAGCGCCUCCACAAAGAGCUCGUAGAAGCUUUUCCCAACAGAGACGACUUAGAUUUGGCCCCACUGGAGAAGAUGCCGUAUUUCAAAGCCAUCAUCAUGGAAACCGCGCGCAUGUCAUACGGCUUGAGUGCCCGAAAUCCCAGGACACACAAGACGCCUUUGCAGUACAAGGAGUGGGUUAUUCCCGCAUACUUGCAUAGUAAGUCAUUACCCUACUCAAUGAUCCAUCUCCCCAUCGCAUCCAAACUAACCCCACACCCACAGUCCAUGACCAUCCCCGAAGUCUCCCACGACGAAACUCUGUUCCCUUCUUCCCGCACCUUCAUCCCGGAGCGCUGGCUCAACGAUCCCAAGACCGCCGAUGGCAUUCCACUGGAGCGCUUCAUGGUUUCUUUUGGUCGCGGUACGCGCAAUUGUCUUGGUAUCAAUCUGGCAUAUGUGGAGCUGUACCUCACGCUGGGCAUGCUGUUCAGGAAUUACAAGUUUGAGCUUCAUGAGAGUGAUGUAAGCGAUGUGGAGUUGGGCCAUGAUUUCUUCAUUCCGGUUGCGAAGCUGGAUAGUAAGGGUUUGAGGGUUUUGGUUAGGAGCACGGAGGAUUGA